UUCACUGGUAGAAAAAAAAUGCCCUCAAAUCCCUAAUCCCGUUUGGCGUUUUCACUUUGUUUCUUCUUCCCCUUUCCCUCCUUUUCUCACUCUGAGGCGUCAGAAGACUCGAAACUCUUUGAAAGUUGAAACCCUUCCACUUCUCAAACUCCUUCCUCAAUCAUAAGAACGCCUACCGAUCUCUCAACCAUUAACACCUCUUCAGUUCUUCGCUUUUGUUGCUCUCUCAAUCUCCCCAGAGAACGGCCAUGGAGAGUUAUUUCAAAAGAAAAUCAACGCAUGAGUUGACAGAGUCAUCAUCAGCUCCAAAGAAAGUAAAUAACAGUUCAAAAAGAAGCUACCUUGGGUAUAAACUUGGAAGAUCUCCCCACUGAUCCGGGCCUGCGUCCUCGAAUUUGGAAUUAUCAUCCUAAUGUCCGUGAACAGGUUCGAAUGGCAUACAUACAAAAAGGUCCUUGUCAGCCUCGAGACUAUAAGUUUCCCAAGAAGACUCUGGCAGGAAACUCAGAAAGACGGUUCAAUCCGGCUUGGUUUGAUGAAUUUCCUACUUGGUUGGAAUAUAGCAUUGAGAAAGAUGCUGCCUUUUGUCUCUGUUGUUAUCUCUUCAAACCUGAUAUUGGAGAACAAACAGGCAGUGAUGCAUUCGUUCGCAAAGGGUUUUCGAAUUGGAAGAAGAAAGAAGGUUUACAAGGUCAUGUUGGAGGACCUAAUAGUUCCCACAACAAAGCUAGGAUAAAUUUUGAAGCCUUAUUAGACCAAAACCAAGCUCGAAGUGAUUGUCAAACACUUUUGGGUGCAUCAAUUGAUUGUGUUAAGUUUCUUAUGCGACAAGGUCUUCUAUUCUGUGGACAUGAUGAAUAUGAAACUUCAAAUGACCAAGGAAGUGUUGUUGGACUUUUGAGAUUUCUAUAUGAUCAUAGUACAGAUAUAAAAGCUGCUGCAUAAAGAAAUUCUCCUGAGACUCUGAAGGUGACAUCAUGUGAUAUUCAGAAGGACAUUGUAAGUGCUAUUUCAACUGAAAUCGUCAAUACAAUUACUAGAGAUAUCAGCGAUUCACUAUUUUCCAUUCUUAUUAAUGAAUUCCUUGACAUUUCUUCAAUGAAUCAAAUGGCUAUUAUAUUACGUUUUGUGGACAAGGGUACUGUAAUUGAGCGAUAUUUAGGUAUGGUGCAUGUUACCAAUGCUACUGCUCUCUCCCUCAAGGUGGCUGUUGAUGACUUUUUUUCUAGUCAUGGAUUAAUCAUGUCUAGGUUGCGGGGACAAACUUACGUUGGGACAAGUAAUAUGCAUUGUGAGUUCAAUAGUCUUAAGACACUUAUUAUGAAGGAGAAUAAGUGUGCAUUUUAUGUUCAUAGCUUUACUCAUGAUCUUCAUUCAGUUCUCAUAGAUGUGGCGAAGAAUCACAAAGAAAAUCAUGGGUCUCUUUACUGCAGUUGCUAAUGUAGUGAAGGUGGUUGGAACCUUUGUUCAAUGUCGUGAUACACUUCGGAAGAAACACGGUGUGUUAGUUCUUGAAGCAUUUAAUACUGGUGAGUUUUUAAGAGGACAAGGUCUAAAUGAGGAAAGCUCAAAUUUUGAGACUUUAUCAAGCUUGCGUACUGUGUUCUCAUCCGUGAUAGAUGUGCUUGAGAUGAUAGCAGAGGUUGGAUCAGAUUCUGAGCAGAAGUAUAAAGCAGAAAUUCUAUUGGAUUCCCUCCAAUCUUUCAAUUUUAUUUUUUGCUUACAUAUGAUGGUAAUGAUUUUGGGAAUCACAGAUGAUUUUUCACAAGCAUUUCAAAGAAAAGAUCAAGAUAUUCUAAACAUCCUGAACUUGGUACAAAUAUGCAAAAAGCAACUGAAGAUGAUGAGGGAGAGUUGUUGGGAUUCUUUACUUGAUCAAGUUUCUAGUUUCUGUGACAAACAUCAUAUUGAAGUUCUUAAGAUGGAUGGUAUGUUUCUAACUCAAGGGCGGCCAAGGCAUAAAGCUCAAGUGAUCACAAACAAGCAUCAUUAUUGUGUUGAGUUGUUCUACAAUGUUAUAGAUCUGCAACUUCAGGAGUUAAACAAUCAAUUCACUGAGAUGAAUACUGAGUUGCUUCUUUGUGUGGCAUGUUUAGAUCCAAGUGAUUCAUUCUCUGCUUUUGACAAACUAAAGUUGAUUCAACUUGCUCGAUAUUAUCCAAAUGACUUUUCCACAACUGACUUUAUGAUACUUGAAGACCAGCUUGAGAAAUACAUUUUGGACAUGCGUUCCAGCAUUGGAUUUUCAACCUUGAAAGGAAUUUCUGAUCUUGCUGAAAAAUUGGUUGAGACAGGAAAAUAUCAGGUUUACCCAUUAGUUUACUUGCUGUUGACAUUGUCUCUAAUUUUACCAGUUGCAACUCCCAGGGUAGAAAGACUGUUUUCUGCUGUGAAUUUGUUGAAGAAUCAGUUACACAAUCAAAUGGAAGAUCAAUGGAUGAGGGAUAGCUUGAUUGGAUACGUUGAGAAGGACAUUCUUGAUAGUAUUGAUAAGAAGGUCGUACUGCAGCGACUUCAACAUAUCAAAAACUUUCCAUGGAAAUGAUAGUUGUAAUGAAUGGAUAUUUUUUCAAUCAAUAUUAUUUUCAGUUUCAUAUUUUUAAUUUCAAAAUAUGGUUAUUGUAGAUUCA